CACACACACACACACACGCGGGCAGUAAGAAAGAGGCGCGACAAGCUGUGUGACGUGUUGCAUUUCCUCGGGUUCUCCCUCAGGUGGCGCAUACGAAUUGAAAGGAAUAAAAAGAAAGGAAAGAAGAAGAGGACUGAAGUGUCAACAGAAAUUCUCCAUGGCUGGGCUGGUGAUCGGGAAGGUGAUGGAGCUGAUGGUGCUGGCCGUGUUACUGGUGGCCCCUGCUACAUCACAGUCACACUUGGAACUGGUUACGGAAAACAACACGGAGACGUUUUCUCUGCCAAGCACCUCUCCUGCCCUUACUGUCAUCAAGUUUUCAAAGGACACACACUCAUCAAACACUCAAGCGGGAUUCAAAAUAAAAUAUUCGUCAGCCUAUGCAUCAUAUGAUGAAAAUUUCAAGAUCGGGCAAGACGAUGACGAGAAGAGGAACAUGAUCAUCGUGCUCUAUAACUCGCUGAGCUAUUUGCCUGAGUCCAGAAAGGUGUUGAACAUGCUGACUUGCAAGGAGAAUACCCUCUCCUGGAAGAUUCAGCACAUGGCAGUGUGGAGCGAGCAGCGCGUCAGGUGGCAGGUGUUCCACAACGAUCCCGCCUUCUUGAACACCUCGACCCCUGAUCCGUCUGCCUUGGCCAUGAACACAACCUUACCCUCCACCCCUUCCUCGCCCUACCUGAGCCCCGCCUUCGUCACCCUGGCCUCCCUCUGUAUCCUUUUCGCCCUCUCCACUCUCGUCCUCAGCAUCCUCCUGUGCCUGAGAUGUGCCUUCGCCAGGAAUGGACUUGGACAGGCGACCUCCUCCAGCGACUCCACGACCUUCAAGAGUACGGAGGCCCUUGUCACCGACCAAGCUUACUUCCCCUACAACUACAACGGCCGCGGCUCGCUCCACAUCAGCGAAAACAGCCUCUACGGAGUCAUCUGAGGAGCCAGGACGGAUACUUCAGCCCAGGGGCAAUGGAAGCAAGGAAAAUGUAACAUAAAGCUGCCUUAAGUCUCCUUCACAAAAUUCAAAAUGCGUUCUAGAGUAAAUCAGCUUGCCUCAAAACGCUGCUCAAAAGUCCCCCAAAAAAGGCUAUACGCGUCUACGGUGUCAUCAUGUGCGUCAUAAGUAAACCAACUCAAGGACAACGAAAGCUCAAAAAAUACUGACUCAGUGCUGCCUUUUGUCCCUCUGUCCCCUAAUCUCUCUUUAAAAGUUCAGAGCACUUUGAGGAGAGGUGGAUUAGGUUACCGAAAAAAACUUUGGCCCAUGGAACACGGAAGCACGGGGAAGCUACAAUCACGGAGCAGCAUUCUGUUCUUCUGUUCCCAACCCCCUAAUAACGUCUCAAAACACAUUCAGAAGUGGCUAAGGUUACUUAUACAUGCUGCAUAAGGGAAAACAGCCUUGACGGAGGCAUCAUGUGUCUGAGAGGAAGUAAGGAAAUCCCGACCCAAGGAGCUGCCUCCUGUCCCUUUGUCCUCUGCCCUCCUUCGAAAUACCCAAAACCACGUAUAAGAAAGCAGCCUUGGAGGAGUUAUCACGUGAGCCAGGAUGGACAUUUUGGACCUAGGAACGGAGGUACGGGAAAUCCUCUCCUUUGUACCUCCCUCAGCUACAACACCUUCAGUAGCGAAUAACAAGUUUGACUCAAAACAAGUUAGCCCAAGGAGAUUGGAAAGGUCUAGGCAUGGAGCUGUUUUCCGUGUCCCCUUUUUUCAGUGAUGUAAAACACUCUCAGGAGUGGAUCAGGCUAUCUUCACAUUCUGUACUCAAGAGAAAACGUCUUCUGGGAAGUUAUCAUGUGAAUUCAGUCCAAGGAAAGUGUUAUCAUGGAAAAUCGAAAACAUGGAGCUGCCUUUGUCCCUUUGUCCCUCGGUCUCCUUCUCAAGAUUUAAAAUAAUGUCAGGAGUGAAGAAAGCUACCUCAAAACAUUA